AUGAAGCUGGUCUUGCUGAUCCUUAGGUUACUGUGCCUCGCCUGCCUCUGGCCUGUCACCCUGCUCAACAAUCGCUACCCUGACCGCAAGAAGAAUAAAGAUGUUUACUUGGGCGAGCAUGCCAAACACAAAUUCAGAGGACGGAUUGACAACAAAUUAAAGAAAAAGGACAGCACAAAGUCCCUCCUCAUCAAAACUGAACAGCUACUAAGGAUUGAAGAGCAUGACUUUGCCAUGAGGCCUGGGUUUGGAGGGUCUGCCAUCCCUGUGGGCAUUGAUGUACAAGUGGAGAGCAUAGACAGCAUCUCUGAAGUAAACAUGGACUUCACGAUGACCCUAUACCUGAGGCAUUAUUGGAAGGAUGAACGGUUGGCUUUUCCCUCCAGUAACAAUCUCAGCCGAACAUUUGAUGGCCGGCUUGUAAAGAAGAUCUGGAAGCCAGAUGUGUUCUUUGUCCAUUCCAAACGCUCCUUCAUCCAUGACACAACUAUGGAGAACAUCAUGCUGAGGGUUUACCCAGAUGGCAACAUCCUCUACAGUAUCAGGAUAACAGUAACUUCUCUGUGCUCAAUGGACUUCAGUAGAUUCCCUCUGGACACACAGAACUGUUCGCUGGAACUGGAGAGCUAUGCAUAUAAUGAGAACGAUCUCAUGUUGUACUGGAAAAAUGGCAACGACUCUUUAAGAACAGAUGAGAUCGCACUCUCACAGUUUUUCAUUGAGAAGUUCCAACCCUCCCAUGGUCUUGCCUUGUACAGCAGUACAGGCUGGUACAACAGGCUGUACAUCAACUUCAUCCUCAGAAGACACAUAUUCUUCUUCAUGCUGCAAACAUAUUUUCCAACAAUGUUAAUGGUGGUGCUAUCCUGGGUGGCUUUUUGGAUUGACAGGCGGGCGGUACCAGCCCGUGUCUCGCUUGGCAUGACUACAGUGCUGACAAUGUCCACCAUAAUUACGGGAGUGUCAGCGUCCAUGCCUCAGGUUUCUUAUGUUAAAGCAGUGGACAUCUACUUGUGGACCAGCUUUCUUUUCGUGUUUCUUACUGUCAUCGAGUACGCAGCCGUCAACUACUUCACCACCAAGGAGGAGAUGAAGAAACUCAAGCAAUUAAAGCUCUCAGAAUAUGACGCCUCUCAAGCAAUGGCCUUUGAUGGCUGUUUCCACGAUACAGAAAUAGAGCUCAGCUCAUUUCCUCCACUGUCCAAUAUAAAAACUGACCCAUGCAUGUCCUCCCUGAACUCUACAUUGCCCGACCUCCCUGCCAUGAUGGGCACACGCCUCCGUCGCCGACGUUCUAUCCGCCAAAGUGUAAACCAUAUUAUAACCAAUAGUUACAAAAUAGACUCCUACUCCAGAAUAUUUUUUCCUUUGGCGUACUUUCUCUUCAAUACCAUCUACUGGAGCAUCUACUCAUGA